AUGCACAGACAACUUCACCACGGGUCAGCCGCUGGUGAUAUUCCCGGCUUUGGUACAUUAAAGGGUAAAUCCAGUACAAUACCUUUCGUUAGAAAAAGAGAAAAGCCUUGUUCACCCUAUAAUGAAAAGAAAUCCUUAAAACUUCCGAGUCGCACGUCGUCGGCCACGAGGCUGUUCGAUAUGUUACGUUCCCGAAUAUGCCGUAGUAGGACACUCUUCGUGCAUCCAGAAGAGCAUGUUGACUCACUCUUAAAUACCAAUAAUGUCUCGGCACAAAGUGAAUGUACAUCUAAGGCAUUGAAAGUGGAAUCGACAAUAUCGGACUGCAGCGCGGUAGUUACUUCCUUGAACGAAGCACGUAUCGAAACAUACGCAUGUCAUUUAUGCUCGUUUGAUGCUGAUCGUAUAACAAUCCUAGACAGGCAUCUACUGAACGAUCAUAAAAUAGGCCUUGAGAACCUUCUCAAGUUAGUAAUGGCAAAAACAAAAGAUGGUCUAAACGACGAAAGACCUAUUUCAAACGUAUAUGGCAUAAGACAACCGUAUUAUAAGCCUCCAGAUGAUAUCAUAGAGGAAGGUGAAUUUAUCAUUGAAACGAUUACGCCUAAAAUAAAAAUACUAAGACAUGCCGGUGUUAACACCGAUCUAAAGUGGUCCGAUAUUCCAGAGUUGAAGAAUAACGGUAGAAUGAUAAAAAGGGACAUAGAGAAACUAAUAGAAAUACCAAAAGACGAAAAUGAAAAAGACGAGUUACUGGUUAAAAUGCAGAGUCUAAAUGAAUGCAUGUGCAAGUUCGUUGAUUCAACAAACACGUUGAAGAAAGUGCUGACUAAAGAAUUCGAAACGAAAAACAGUACCAGGAAUGAACACUCAAGUAGACCUGUAUUUGACCUGGGAUUAGGAGAGAGUGAAAAGUUGAAGUGUUCCUCGGAGAGUUUUUAUUUUUGA